AACCCUCCUUUCCUCCCCUACAGGUUGAUAAAUACCUUGGAGCACUGGGAUCUGCAUUACUCCAUCAGCGCAAAGUUAAACUACAAGAGAAAAAAAACCCUCACUAUAUUAACCCGUCUAAAUAAAUAGACUCAGUAUGUACUCGAACAAAAGUGAGCAACCGCGCAGGGGACGAUCUUUUGACUCCAUGAACAUUGGCUUGUCUUUCGAAGAGAAACAUCUAAAUAAUGAGAUGAACAAGGUAGCUUUCCCGAAGAUCGAUGAGAACAAAGACAACAAGACCGACAACAAGACCGACAAUAAGACUGCAUCAACAGAGAGAAGCCGAGCGGCGAUAGUUUUCUCUCUGAAGAAUGAAGUUGGAGGAUUGGUCAAGGCACUAAAACUUUUUCAGGAAAAUCACGUCAACCUUGUGCAUAUCGAGUCCCGGAAGUCGAAAAGGCGCAACUCUGAGUUCGAGAUCUUUGUGGACUGCGAUAGCAACCACGAGCAGCUGAAUGAGAUAAUUCAGCUUCUCAAGAGCCACGUGAACGUUGUAGACAUGGACAACUCCACUUUACGCGAAGAAGAUGUGGAUAUGGAAAAUGUGCCAUGGUUUCCCAAGAAGAUAUCUGACCUGGACAAGUGUGCCAACCGUGUGCUGAUGUAUGGAUCUGACCUGGAUGCAGACCAUCCAGGCUUCAAAGACAAUGUCUACAGGAAGAGAAGAAAGUACUUUGCAGAUCUGGCCAUGGGCUACAGACACGGGGAUCCUAUCCCUCGGAUUGAGUUCACGGAGGAAGAGGUGCGAACAUGGGGUGUUGUGUUCCGGGAGCUGAAUAAGCUGUACCCCACCCAUGCCUGCCGCGAAUACCUGAAGAACCUGCCACUGCUCACCAAACACUGUCAAUACAGAGAGGACAACAUUCCGCAGUUGGAGGAUGUGUCGCGCUUCCUAAGAGAGCGCACAGGCUUCACCAUCAGGCCUGUGGCUGGCUACCUCUCCCCCAGAGACUUCCUGGCAGGCCUGGCCUUCCGCUUGUUCCACUGCACGCAGUACGUCAGGCACAGCUCCGACCCGCUGUAUACUCCAGAACCGGACACCUGUCAUGAACUGCUGGGCCACGUUCCUCUCCUGGCUGAGCCCAGCUUUGCCCAGUUCUCUCAGGAGAUUGGCCUGGCGUCACUGGGAGCCUCUGAUGACUCUGUGCAGAAGCUUGCCACUUGCUAUUUCUUCACAGUGGAGUUUGGCCUUUGCAAACAGGAGGGGAAACUGAGAGCAUAUGGAGCCGGCCUCCUGUCUUCAAUCAGUGAGCUCAAGCAUGCCCUCUCAGGAAAUGCCCGGAUUACACCCUUUGACCCCAAUGUGACGUGCAACCAGGAGUGUUUAAUCACCACUUUCCAGGAUGUCUACUUUGUGUCUGACAGCUUUGAGGAGGCCAAGGUGAAGAUGAGGGAGUUUGCUAAGACCAUCAAGCGGCCGUUCACGGUACGCUACAACCCCUACACCCAAAGCGUGGACGUGCUGAAGGACACCAUGAGCAUCAACAGCGUGGUUGAGGAGCUCCGUCACGAACUGGACAUCGUGGGCGAUGCGCUCAGCCGACUCAACAAGCAGCUGGGAGUGUGAUUGGACCACGAGGUUGCCUUUGGCUAUAGAUAUCUCCAUUCCUUACUCCAGCUUCCUGUGAUUACCCUAUAAUAAGGAUAGGAUCCUCCACUGGACCACACUGACCUGAUCAGUCAGAUAUGCAGCAUAUCUGACCCAGAUGAGUCAAAGAUCUGUAUCAGGAACCUUCUCUUGACAAAAAACAACUGUAUGGUAUUCUACAGACCUGGGACAUGACCAACCUAGGUCUAUUACCUUUUAAAGUAACAAUAACCUUCAUAGUGUUAUUUCUUCAUAUGAAAAAUAGACACAAUUAAGUCAACAGCGGUGACCCUCUUACACAUUCCACUGAUACCAAAUAUAAACAUUUUAUGUCAAAUACUCAACGCUGAGAUAUGUAAGAUAUUUUUUACAUUUAGAGAGCACUCAUUUGCUAGCUAUCUGUUUGUUUUUUGACUGGUGGUUUUGUUGGUGGUGGAUUUAUGCAAGGUGGCCAUAUUAAAUAUGGAAGCCUUUUAUGUUACAUGAUAUUCUUGUAAUGUGAAUGUCUUUAGAGAAAGAAAAACUGUAUUUGUGGCUUUUGAGAGUCUUUAUCUUUUGCUUACCUAGACAUGAUUCACCAUCUUUAAUGUGAUGCUGAUUUGUCAUUUGUGUGAAGAUUGUGCUAUUGUGUUCUCAACUCUCCCAAGCCACAGUUUUAGUCUCUCCUAUUCAGUUAUUCCACAUACAUCAACAGUGAUAUUUAAAGUGUAAAUAAAAUGUUAAAUGUAUGAUCUGUUGUGUGGCAGGCUACUUGUCAAUUUGUACCUUGCAUUAUCCCAUAAAGUAGUAUUUUAAAGUGUACUGGGUGAAACACUGUUUGAAAUGCUAAACUCUGUGUCUCUGUAGCACACAUGUAAUGGCUGAAUAUUAUAUGAACUCUUAAUAAAGAGUAAUUAUUUUUGUACCCUUCAAUGAACAUC